AUGGAGACAUCGCAAUGGAACCUCUCCACGGAUAUGCCAGAUCUGGAUGGCAAAGUGGCUGUCGUGACCGGAGGCAGCUCAGGAAUUGGACUCCAGACAGUUAGGUUCCUAGCUCAAAAUGGCGCAAAGGUGUACUUGACGACGCGAAGUGAAGCACGAGCACGACAAGCCAAAGACAAGCUCACAAAAGACGCCGACAUCAAUCCUCGCAAUGUUCAGUACUUGGUGAUGGAUCUAUAUGAUCCGGUUAGCAUUACUCAUGCUGUCGAAGACCUGAAGAGAAAUGAGACAAAACUACAUAUUCUGAUUAACAACGCAGCUGCCUCAACAUCGUCUACUAUGUUGGUUGACGGGAAAUACGAACAACACAUGGUUGCCAACCAUAUUGGACCUUUCAUUCUGAUUAACAGACUUCUACCUCUCCUCAAAGCCGCCGCCAAGGAUCCAGAUGCCGACGUCAGGAUCGUAAACCUCAGCUCCACAGCGAGCAUCAGCAUGCUCCCAGCCAAUUUCAAGUUCAAUUUCGACUCGCCAACGUGUUUCAAGAAUCCAGUUCCGUCAUAUCCAUGGCAAUGGCGUUUCCUGGGAAGAUUCAUGUUUGGCUUUGACAUGAUCCGGUACGCUGUAUCAAAGGCAGCAGUGGUGCUAUUCACGCAAGAGCUCCAGGGAAGAUUAGAGGGACAGAAACUGCCUAUUACCUGUAUAGCUGUUCAUCCCGGAGAGGUACUCACUGAGGGUGUGCUGGCUAUUAAUAAUGUUCUUGUCAGGGCUAUAGCUCGCGCGUCAUUUUUGACUGCUGAGCAGGGUGCUGCCAAUUCCUUAUUUGCAGCGACGGCGGCAGAGGUUAAGGGAGAUGCUCUGAAGUAUAAGGGGAAGUUUAUAGUUCCCUUGGGAAAGUUGGAGGAGCCCAACCCUAUUGUUAAAGACGAUCGACAGGUAAAGGGCUUGUGGGAGAACACUGUGGUUGAGGUGAAUAAGUGGCUCAUGGAGAAGAAGCUUGCUCUGUUGGAGGCCUGUUAA